AUUUUCGGUCAAUUUGUGAAUAACAAAACUCUCCAUCUGUCAUAUGAUGUAUUGUGAGUGAUACACAUGAUGGCAAGUGGACGCAGUCUUCCUAGUUAUGGAGCAGUACAGGAGUAUAGAGAUGACCCGAAUUACAAAGAUUACUCUGACAAACCUGGGUUUGAAGAACAGUUAUCUGCUAUCACAAGAAACAUCUCUGCUAUUAAUAAUGGAGCGAAUACCCUAGAGAAAGCUGCCAGGGUCAUCGGUACUGAAAGAGAUAACGGGCAAGCAAGUGACAAAAUUCAUCAAAUAUCCGUGGAUACCAACAAGACAGUCAACAGUACAACAAAACUGUUACGACAGUUCGGUCAAGGAAAUGUGAAUAGGACACAAAGGUUACAGAUAGAUAAAUUAACAAAGGAUUUUCAAGAAAGUGUACAAAGAUUCCAGACAUUACAAAAGAAAGCUGCUGAAAAAGCUAAAACAGUCAACCGCCAGGAGAAGGCCAAGCCCAAGACAAAUUGGAUGGAUGAUGAUGACCAUGCACCAUUGGUCUCAGAGAAUGUCCGGCGACAAGAAUUGCUAGCGCAGGAACAGGUGAUAGAAGAUGAUCUUGCACUUAUACGGGAGCGGGAGGAUCAGAUACGGGCGCUAGAGGGAGACAUUUUGGAUGUGAACGAGAUUUUCCGGGACCUUGGUGCAAUGAUUCACGAGCAAGGGGAACAAAUAGAUACAAUUGAGGCAAAUGUCGAGCGGGCUGCAACACAUGUAGAGGAGGGCAGGGAACAGCUGACAAAGGCUGCCACUUAUCAGAAGAAGUCAAGGAAGAAGCUUUGCUGCAUAGUCAUGAUAUUCGUCAUCAUCGCUGCAAUCAUAGCCAUCAUUCUUGCAGUCACCCUGAAGAAAUAGCCAAAAACAAACUAGCUCUAGAAAUUCUUCAAAAAAAUAUUUAUAUUCUGAAUAUUAUUUCAAAAAAUUGUAUAUACAGUAGUGAAUCAUUUGUUGUAUUAUAAUUUUUUAUGAAGAUCAUUGAUACAAUCAUUCAUAUUUGUCGUAUGGUUGCCUAUCUAAGUGACAACUGGAUAUUUUUUUAAUGAAUAUCUACUUCUAGUGUAUAUUGUUGAUUAUGAUGAUGAAAUAUGCAAAAUGGGAUGUAUAUAGGAAUUAGCGUUAUACACCGGUUUAUCAAUAUGAGUAAUAUGUCAUGCAUGUUUCUAGUUGUUCUCAAUGUAAUAAUUAAUUUAGAAACAAUUUCAAGAGAUACUUUGAACAAAUAAUGUCUGUUAUGAUAGUUGAUAGUUGAACUUAUCAUUCCAACGCAUUGAUAUCUGCCUGAUAUAACGUUGCCAGAUAUAUUUUUUUAUAUCAUGGUCAACAGGAAGUUCUUAUAUCAGUCAUGUGUGGAGGAUGCUCAUAUUACUCGGAAUCAAUUAUAAAGUAGUAAUCGUUUUUAGAAAAAUCGAAUCAUAUUCAACAAAAAAACAAUUUGAUACCAAUAUUUAAUAUAUUUUAAACAAAGAUGCAACACAAAAGGCAAAAAAUAUUUUUUACAAAUAUUAAGCACGCGUGCUCAUGACGUCAUUAUUUACACAUCAAACGACAAAAGUCAUAUUCUUUUCCGCUAAAACUGCCGCAUUUUAGCGAUUUUUUUCCAUUACUUCUUUAAAAUUGGGGACGUAUAGGUAUGCUUAACAGAAAAACAGGUUACUUGCCAUUAUUCUAAGCCUUGAUAUAUGACAAAAAUAUCAGACAGUAACCUGUUGUUCUCUAUUUUUCAUACCAUCGCAUCAAUUGAUAUCCUGCUGUAGGAACCAUUAGAAUGUAUUUUUUUCUUAUUUUUCUCUCAGAAAAUAUUCUAUCUGCAAAAUAACAAUAUGCUUAAAGCUGGGCUGCACGAUUUUGACAAAUAUUUAUGAAUUUAUAUAAAAUGUGUAAACAACUUAUUAUACAUAUAUUUCAAUGUAGAUUAAAAUAAAAGUUCAGAAGAACAUGUGUCGAAAAAUGCGAAAUGAGAUUCAGCUCCGGGCGCUUAUUUGUCUUUGCUGCAUUUUAUGAAAUUCGUCUUCAAUGUAUAAUAUUUCAUGCCUAUUUUGUGUUCUUGUAACAUAUUUUUAUCAAUAUAUUACAAUUUAACACAUAUAAAAAUCGUGCAGUCCCGCUUUAAUUCACUGUUUUAUCAGUCAAAACUUUUAUUAGCUCACCUGUUUGCUCAGGUGAGCUUUUGUGACCGGUCUUUGUCCGUCGUCUGUCCAUUCGUCCAAAUUUCGGAAACACUCUAGAGGCCACAUUUAUUGUCCGAUCUUUAUGAAACUUGGUCAGAAGUUUUUAUUCCAAUGAUAUCUCGAUCGAGUUCGAAACUGGGUCAUGCUGUGUCAAAAACUUGGUCACUAAGUCAAAAAAAAUAAAAACCUUGUAAACACUGUAGAAGUCACAUUUCAUGCCCAAUCUUCAUUUUACUUUGUCAAAAUGUUUGCCUUAAUGUUAUGUUGGUUGAGUUCAAAAGUGGUUCCGAUCCGUUGAAAAACAUGGCCGCCAUUGGGCGGGGCAGUUUUCCUUAUUUGGCUAUAGAGAAACCUUGUAAACACUCUAGAAGUCACAAUUUUUGCCAAUCAUCAUGAAAGUUGGUUAAAACAUUGGUUUUAUUGAUAUAUCUGAUGAGUUUGAAAACAGUCCAGAUGAAAAAACAUGGCCGCCAGUUGGCGGCGCAUUUUUCUCUAUAUGUAUAUAGUGAAAACAUGUGAACACGCUAGAAGUCACAUUUUUGGCCCAAUUUUCAUGAAGUUUGGUCAAAAUAUUAGCCUUAAUGAUAUGUUGGUUGAGUUCAAAAGUGGUUCCGGUCCGUUGAAUAACAUGGCCGCCAGUGGGCAGGGCAGUUUUCCUUAUUUGGCUAUAGAGAAACCUUGUUAACACUGAAGAAGUCACAAUUUUUGCCCAAUGAUCAUGAAAGUUGGUCAAAACAUUGGUUUUAUUGAUAUCUCGGAAGAGAUUGAAAAUGGCCCAGAUUGGUGAAAAAACAUUGCCGCCAGUGGGCGGGUCAUUUUUUUCUAUAUGUAUAUCGUGAAAACAUGUGAAUACUCUAGAAGUCCCAUUUUUGGCCCAAUUCUCAUGAAAUUUGGGCAGAACAUUUGUUUCCUUGAUGCAAGAGUUGAGUUCGAAAAUGGUUCCGGUCAAUUGAAUAACAUGGCUGCCGGGGGGGGGGGGCAGUUUUCUUAUAUUUAUAUAGUAAAAAAAUCUUGUGAACACUUUAGAAGUCACAUUAUUUGUCUAAUCAUCAUGAAACUUGGUGAAAAGAUUGGUUUCAUAUAUAUCUCAGAUGAGUUCGCAAAUGGUCCCUAUCGGUUAAAAAAGAUGGCCGCCAGGGGGGUGGGGCAGUUUACCUUAUGUGACUAGAGAGAAAUCUUGUGAUCGAACACUAUAGAAGUCACAUUUUUUGCCUUAUCAUAGUGAAACUUAGUCAAUACAUUGGUUUUAUUGAUUUCUAGGACAAGUUGGAAAAUGGCUCAGAUCGGUUAAACACAGUUUUUAGCUUACCUGAUUGCUCAGGUGAAGUUUUAGGAUUGGUCUUAGUCUGCCGUCCGUCCCUCCACAUUUGGUUUGUAAACACUCACAUUUCUCGAGCAUUCUUUAUCAAAGUUGCUGAAAGAUCACAGUCAAUUUUGAUAAUGAGCAAAAUCACAUAAUUAAUGCCAUAAUUAUUGCCCUUAGAUUGUCCAAAUUUUCAUAAUAUUGUACAAAAUCCUUGUAGACACUCAAGAGGUCACAAUUUUGUUUCAGAUUUUAUGAAUCUUGGUCAUAAUAUUUAUUUUUGUAAGCAAAGUUCGAUGUUUGGUUAGGGGGGUGAACUCAAAGUAAAGGUAACCAGGUCAAAUCUUACAAAAACAAAAACACUCCAUGCGCCAGAGUUUUUGUUCAAUAAUGACGAAACUUGACCCGGAUGUUUGUCUGGGCAAUAUCUAGGUAAAGUUUGACAUUUGGUAAAGAUUGAAUGAACCGACUCCUCUCAGGUCAGCGAACUAGGGCCAUCUUGGCCCUCUUGUUCUCUUGCAUGCCUUCAUGGCAAGGAUGCGCAAAUGUCCAAUUAAAAAACAAGUGGAAUGUCUGUCAUAUUUUGUUUUAGUUUUAAAACUAUAAUGGCAUAAUAAAUUGCUGCUUCCUCAUUGGAAAAGGAAUACUUAAUAUAUUGUUCAUUAUAUUAUAAUAUUAUUUCAAUUUGUCUAAGCCCUUCUUUUUAGAUAAUAUAUCUUAAAAUGUUCUGUAUGGAUUCCUUCUUUUUAUGCCCGCUUUUCGAAGAAAAGGUGGCAUAUCGUGAUCAGAAUGUCCGUCUGUCUGUCUUUCCGUCACACUUUGCGUUUAGGUUUCAAAAAAUGCUAAUAACUUCUACGUCCCUUGAGAUAUAACCUUCAUACUUGGUAUGCAUGUGUAUAUGGACAAGGCCUUUCCAUACGCACACAUUUUUUAACCCCUGUGACCUUGACCUUGAACUUAGGGUCCGUGUUAAGGUUUCAAAAUCUGCGUUUAGGUUUUGAAAAAUGCUCAUAACUUCUAUGUCCCUUGAGAUAUAACCUUCAUAUUUGGUAUGCAUGUGUAUAUGGACAAGGCCUUUCCAUCUGCACACAAAUUUUGACCCCUGUGACCUUGACCUUAAACUAAGGGUCGGCGUUUAGGUUUCGAAAUCUGUGUUUUGGUUUCGAACAACAGUUUACUUGCAUUUUGGUGCAUCUUGCUUAGCUGUGUUAUACUCGUUGAGAUGUGAACAUAUUCAGAUGUCAAUGCUCUAAUUAUCUGUGUUUGAUAAUGUAUGUGAUAUUAAAUUGAUUUAAAUUAUUGUAUACUGUUAUACUAGUAUUUGUAAUAAAUGCAAAACUAAGUCAUUCA